ACUUGAAGUUAUAGAUAGUAUUUCAAAUACUAGUAAAUAUAAAAUGGUAAAAUCGCUUCAGCUAUUUGCAAUACUUUUAAUAAGUUGUAUAAAAAUUCAGUCAAUCUAUUCGAUUGACAAUUUAUAUACAUCGAAACUGAACAAUGUCUACUAUAUGGAUAAUGAACAGAAGUAUACCUGGUUUGAUGCUUUGUCAAAAUGCGCUAGGAUGAACAUGAGUUUGGCAACUAUUGAUACGAAGGAAAAAUCCGAUGAUAUAACUGAUCUAAUGAAAGCCACCUUUUCCAAUCCAAAUCCUCUUUGGAUUGGUGGUGCUGCUACCGGUAGUGAUCACCAUUAUGUUUGGAUAUCCAAUGGGGAAAAAUUCGAUUUCACUAACUGGAAUCCAGGGGAACCAAGUUAUUAUUCUGAAUCUGAACUUUGUCUUCUAACUGGCUGGAAUGCUGAACUUCGUUGGAACGAUCAUCAGUGUCAUAAAACAUUUGGUAUGCUCUGUGAGUUGAGUCAGUACUAUUAUUGGGAAGAGGAAAUCCAAGAGGAGUUGCAGCGAGAAGUUGCAGAUAAACAACAACUUCAAAAUAAUCUAGACAAAAGUCAGCUUUUAUUGCAAUUGUUGUUGGACUAUAGAAAAUCUCAUAUCAGCGACGGCAAAGGAUAUAAUACUAUACGUGACAUAUUUUUAAAUCUUUAAGGACUUAAUCACUAACAUUGAUGUAUAGGGUAAAGGACAAUAAAUGCAAAUUAAAAAAAAGCUAAA